GAAUCCCGUUUUUAAAGUUUAAUUUGGUAGUUAGUAUACCAGCAUUAAGUUUAACGGUCUGACCGUUACAGUCGUCACACCCUAGCAUUUUAUGGUGAUUUUGAGCCGUUUGAAUGUGUAACGCCGCACGUGCGAAGCUGAACUCAUUGCAUCCAUUAGUCAAGGUUCCCUAGAGAAUCUUGGAAUGCUUCUGUAAUCCUGCUCUGUAGGAGGUUUGAUCACCCAUUCCCUCGUGUUCUAUAUCAUUUAAAGAAUCAUGAGACGAAGUUUCAGCAAUUUGGGCUUCAAGAAGGAAGUUCAAUUCAAUUCGUUAUGUGAAGAAGAUGCCAGCCCUCCGAGAGAUCCUUUGGCUUUGCGCAGAUGUUUACAGAAUCGGUUCGAUUCUGAAUGCCCCUACUCUCUAGCCUCACUUUCUACCACUGGCUCCUCCGAUUCUACAUGGCCGAGCGUAUCAUCAUUAAAUUCAAAUUUAAAUUUAAAAUCUAAUCCAAGGAGGAUGUUGCGAAGCAGUGCCAGUAAGCUUACGAAGUCCUUUGGCAAUCUCCGAACCACUAUCGAAGAAUUUUCACAGAAAUUUCGAGCUUCUACACGGAGGCGUAGUCGACUGUCUGACUCGCCUAUCACUCCAAACACACCUCAUUCAAGGACUCGCAAAAUACUCGGCAGGACUCCAACCAAAUUGUACAGCCCUUUUUCCAUCAUAACCCCCUCGCCAGGCAACAGAAGGAGUCGGUGCAAUAAAGAAAACCUUUCUACUCCUCGGAGGAACAAUUUAACUCCUCUGAAGAAGAACUUGGACAAAGCUGCCCCCAAGAAAUCGGAUCAAAGAUUCACUGAGAACAAAUCACUUGUUCAGAAAUUCACACAGAAAAAUGAGGAAACUCACAGACUGAUGGAAUGCUGAUUCUUUGCUGGAAGAUUACCUCUUAUAACAUCAACACAUGUAUACGUACAUUGCAAAAUGUAUUCUGUUUUAUUCUAGGAAUAAUCUUUUUCUAAAGUGUCGGGAGUUAUAAGUUUCAGACAAG